AUGCCGAAGGCGUCUUACGGCAGCGCCGGGACCAAGCAGUGCGAGCUGUACGAGAAGGCAAUAUCUCACACGAACUUCUCCAAGCACAAGAAGAGAUGCAAGGGUAUUAAAGUGCGUGACUCUCAGAGUGAUAUCUGGAAGAGGUCGUGGAAUAAGCACCGCGACAAGCGUCGGAGAGUAGCGCAGCCGCCUCGAUAGUAAUUUGUUCAAGAAACUUGAAGCUAUGUGAGCUGCAGGAAGAACCUUUUCCCCCUAAACCCGAGCCAAAAGGACUACGAAGCACCCAUUAGAGGUGAUAAGUCGUAACACGGCCUUUUUCGACUUCA